AUGGGCACAUCAUCUCUCACAAUGAAGGUGCUGGUCUUGAUUGCUCUGGUGGCUUUUGCCACUGCCUUGCCGAGUACCAGCUCAGACAACCUCGACGGUUUCCAGGGUGACGCUGGUGUUUCGUUAGCAAAGAAGCAACAGGACAUAAAUCGCCUGCUAUGGAAGGUCUACGAACCCCUGAAAUUUGACAACCUGAAGAAUGCUGCUAAAUCCUUUAAUCCACUGGCUGAUGCAUCCAUGUACAACGAUGGAGGUAAGGCUAUCCAUCACUUGGUAAGGGAGCUCAGGGACAACAGACUCCUACAGCAGCAGCAUUGGUUCUCUCUCUUCAAUAAACGCCACCGUGAAGAAGCUCUGGAGUUGUUUGAAGUCCUGAUAAGCUGCAAGACAUGGACCUGCUUCAUAAACAACGCCGCGUACUGGCAUGAGCGUGUGAACGAGGGAGAAUUUGUAUAUGCUUUGUACACGGCCGUUAUUCACUCUGAAUUAGGUAGAGGGGUUAUCUUGCCUCCUCUGUAUGAAGUUACUCCUCAUAUGUUUACUAACAGUGAAGUUAUCCAGCAAGCUUACACCGCCAAGAUGAGAAAUACCCCAGGUAAAUUUGAGAUGAAAUUCACUGGCACCAAGAAAAACAAGGAGCAACGUAUUGCCUAUUUUGGAGAAGAUAUUGGCAUGAACGUUCACCACGUCACUUGGCACAUGGAUUAUCCAUUCUGGUGGAAAGAUUCCUACGGCUACCACUUGGACCGCAAGGGAGAACUCUUCUUCUGGUCCCACCACCAACUCACAGUUCGCUUCGAUGCCGAGCGUCUCUCCAACUGGCUUGAUGUAGUUGAUGAACUUCACUGGGAGAGACCUAUUGUGGAAGGAUUUGCUCCACAAACUACAUACAAGUAUGGUGGUGAUUUUCCUGCUCGUCCAGAUAAUAUUGAAUUUGAGGAUGUUCACGGUGUAGCUAGAGUUCGCGAUAUGAUCAUCACGGAAAGACGCAUUCGCGAUGCCAUAGCUCAUGGAUACAUCAGAGACCAAGAUGGAAAUAUAAUUGACAUCAUGAACGACAAAGGUAUUGACAAACUUGGAGACAUUAUUGAAUCUUCUCUGUACAGUCCAAAUGUCCAGUAUUAUGGUCAGUUGCAUAAUCUUGCUCACAUUGUGCUUGGACGCCAGAGUGACCCUCAUGGCAAGUAUAACAUGCCACCUGGUGUAAUGGAACAUUUUGAAACUGCGACUAGAGACCCCAGUUUCUUCCGCCUUCAUAAGUAUAUGGAUAACAUCUUCAAAGAACACAAGGAUUCCCUGACGCCUUAUACAAAGGAAGAACUGGAUUUUGCUGGGGUUUCUGUUGAAAAUAUUGGCAUUGAUGGAGAACUCAAAACUUACUUUGAAGAUUAUGAAUUUGAUCUUCGCAACGCAGUGGACAGCGCAGAUGGCGUGGGAGAUGUUGAGUUGAAAGCAAAUAUACAUCGACUGAACCAUAGGAAAUUCUCAUUUGUUGCUGAUGUUAACAACAACAAUGGGGGCCCAGUUCUAGCUACACUCCGUCUCUUCUUGUGCCCACGGUAUGACAACAACGGGGAGGAAUACUCAUUUGACGAGGGUCGCUGGAACUGUAUUGAACUGGACAAAUUCUGGAAGAAGUUAACACCCGGAGGAAACCGCAUCGUCCGUAAAUCAACCGAUUCUUCUGUCACGGUCCCUGAUAUUCCUCCCUUCCAAACACUGAUCGACGCUGCUGACCAAGCUGUCGCUGGUAACGGAGAAUUCCACAUGCCCGAGCACCAACGUUCCUGCGGCAUCCCCAACAGGAUGCUUCUGCCCAAGGGUAAGGAGCAAGGUAUGGACUUCGCCCUCAUCCUGGCAGUGACCGAUGGAUCCUACGAUGCCACCCACUCCGAUGCUGCUGAGAGCGAGCACGGAGGCAGCCACGCCCUCUGUGGCUCUCACGGAGAAGUCUAUCCUGACAGAAGGCCCAUGGGCUUCCCCCUGGAUCGACGCAUUCCAGACCGGAGGGUUUACGACGAGACGACCAAUUUCAAGCUCACCAUCGUCAAGGUCUACCACGAAGAACAUGACCACGAUCUUUAA